AUGACAGGAGCAAAGAGGAAGAAGAAAAGCGCGCUGUGGGGCAAGAUGCAUACCCCCCACUGUGAAGACAUUAAACAGUGGUGUAAAAGGCGCCUACCUAUUUUGGAAUGGGCACCACAGUACAAUCUGAGGGAAAACCUGCUCCCAGACACUGUGUCUGGGGUAAUGUUGGCAGUUCAACAGGUGACACAAGGACUGUCCUUCGCUAUUCUUUCAUCUGUACACCCAGUUUUUGGUUUAUAUGGAUCUCUGUUUCCAGCCAUCAUUUAUGCCGUAUUUGGAAUGGGACGCCAUGUUGCCACAGGCACUUUUGCCUUGACAUCCUUGAUAUCAGCCAAUGCUGUAGAGCGGCUUGUUCCUCAAAGCAGCAGGAACCUAACCACACAGAGCAACUCAAGUGUGCUGGGCUUAUCCGACUUUGAGCUACAGAGAAUCGGGGUUGCAGCGGCAGUUUCGUUCUUGGGAGGAGUGAUUCAGAUGGUUAUGUUUGUGCUGCAGCUGGGCAGUGCCACAUUCCUGCUCACCGAGCCCGUGAUCAGCGCUAUGACCACAGGCGCUGCCACCCAUGUCGUGACGUCACAAGUCAAGUAUCUCUUGGGAAUAAAAAUGCCGUAUAUAUCUGGACCACUGGGAUUCUUUUACAUUUAUGCAUAUGUUUUUGAGAACAUCAAGUCUGUCCGGCUGGAAGCACUGCUCUUGUCCUUGCUGAGCAUCGUUGUCCUUGUUCUUGUUAAAGAGCUGAAUGAACAGUUUAAAAGAAAAAUUAAAGUUGUUCUUCCUGUCGACUUAGUUUUGAUCAUUGCUGCCUCGUUUGCUUGCUAUUGUACGAACAUGGAAAGCACAUACGGAUUAGAAGUAGUUGGGCACAUUCCAAACGGGAUUCCUCCACCCCGUGCUCCUCCAAUGAAUGUCCUCUCUGCAGUGUUCACCGAGGCUUUCGGGGUUGCACUUGUAGGCUACGUGGCCUCACUGGCUCUCGCUCAAGGAUCUGCCAAGAAGUUCAAGUAUUCAGUUGACGACAACCAGGAAUUUCUGGCCCACGGCCUCAGCAACGUGAUCCCUUCCUUUUUCUUCUGCAUCCCAAGCGCUGCUGCCAUGGGAAGGACGGCUGGUCUGUACAGCACGGGCGCAAAGACACAGGUGGCUUGUCUAAUAUCUUGCAUUUUCGUCCUUAUGGUCAUCUACGCGAUAGGACCUUUGCUGUACUGGCUGCCCAUGUGCGUUCUUGCUAGCAUUAUUGUUGUGGGACUGAAGGGAAUGUUAAUACAGUUCCGGGAUUUAAAAAAAUACUGGAAUGUGGAUAAAAUCGAUUGGGGCAUAUGGAUCAGCACUUACAUUUUUACAAUAUGCUUUGCUGCCAAUGUGGGACUGUUGUUUGGUGUUGUCUGCACCAUAGCUAUCGUGUUAGGACGCUUCCCAAGGGCAAGGACUUUAAGUGUAACAAACAUGAAAGAAAUGGAAUUUAAAGUGAAAACAGAAAUGCAUGAUGAAACCUUGCAACAGAUAAAGAUCAUUUCAGUAAACAACCCACUUGUUUUCCUGAAUGCAAAGAAAUUCAACGCUGAUCUAAUGAAAAUAGUCCUAAAGGAAAACGACAGCAGCCAGCCACUUGACGAUGUCAUUAAGUGUGAACAGAACACCUUGCUCAAUUCCCUGUCCAAUGGCAACUGUAAUGAAGAGGCUUCCCAGCCCUGCCCCGGAGAGAAGUGUUCUUUGGUCCUGGACUGCAAUGGCUUGACCUUUUUCGACUACACAGGAGUCUCCACGCUUGUUGAGCUUUACCUCGACUGCGAGAGCAGGAGUGUCGAUGUGUACUUCGCCAGUUGUACAGCAUCCUUGGUAAAAGCGAUGGCGUACUGUGGAGAUCUGGACACUGAAAAGCCAAUUUUUUUUGACUCCGUACCUGCUGCAGUAAGUGCCGUCCAGUCAAAUAAGAGCUUGAGCAAGGUCAGUGAUCACAGUGAAGUCUGAGGCCCACGUGCUGACGUGCGCAUCUCAUCUCUAGCAGCUGCCCUGAAGAGGCCACAGACUGGCGUUUUGCCCAAG